AUGUCGAAACCACUCGGUAAUAAACCGGGCGAGCCACCAUUCCAAUUGAAGGUUGAUCCCGAUACGAAGUUAGUCUUCAAGUACAAGUUGAAUGAGCCAUGCACUAUCGAAUUGAAAAUCACGAAUACCACAAAAGAUCGACAAACGUUUAAGGUCAAAUGCACGGACAAUGAUAUCUUCCGAGUUCGACCGCCGCUCUCGUUCGUAAAAGCUGAUGAAACAGCCGUGGUAAAG